AUGGCUCGCUCCAGAUCACGCGAUCGCGCACGGGACGGGCGCCGGCGGAAGUCCUCACCGCUGCAGAAGGGCAAGCGGAAACGCGAGAGGGAGAACAAGGAAGCCAAGGCAAAGCGGUUUGAGCAGGAGGUGCAGAGACGACUGCAGGAGCGAAUCCAUGGCCGAGAUUUCGAGGCCUUGAUUCAGGAGAAGAUCCGAGGCGAGCUGGAUCGACAUUUCAGUCUCGUCAAGAUCGAGAUUGACAUGCAGAAGAAGAAGCUGAUAGAGGAGUUCAGACAUGAGCGGGACCAGGAAGAGAGGUCCAAGCAGGAGCUGGAGGCCAUCAUCCGAACCAACCAGCAGCGGACCCAGGAGCAGCAACAGCGAGUUGCUGCGGCUAUGGGGUCGCAGGCCGAUGCACUCAUCCACGAGCGCGGCCUCAUACAAAAGACGAAGGAGCAACGUCGGAAAGUGCAGAAGGAGUUCGAGUCUGGAGGCGGUCUUGCCUAG